AUGUCAACUGAAAACACCGAGACCGCCGGCUCCUUGGCCGACCGCAUCACCAAGCCCGAUGAAUCUGUGCAGCCUGCCACCUCCAACGGUUCUACCGAAGAGAAGAAGGAUGACGGUGCUGGCGUAGCUGCCCAGGGAUCAAGUCUGCAGGAGCCCGAGUUCGACGUCGAGGUCAAGCUGAGUGACCUCCAAGCGGACCCGAACAACCCUCUGUUCUCCGUCAAGCGGUUCGAGGAUCUCGGCCUUGACCCCCGUAUCCUGAAAGGCCUGUCCGCGAUGAAUUUCCGAAAGCCGUCCAAGGUGCAAGAGCGUGCGCUGCCCCUGUUGAUGCACAAUCCUCCCAAGAACCUCAUUGGGCAAUCUCAGUCUGGUACUGGCAAGACGGCUGCCUUUGUUUUGAACGUUUUGAGCCGUCUUGAUCUCUCCACCGAGGAAAUGCGGGCGACUCCUCAGGCCCUCAUUCUAGCUCCUACCCGUGAGCUUGCUCGUCAGAUUGGUGGCGUGAUCCGCGACAUCGGUCAGUUCCUUGAGGGGUUGACCAUUGGCAUUGCUGUUCCCAUGGACCCGUCUGAGCGCCCCAAGCGCAUGACCGCUGCGGCCGUCGUUGGAACACCCGGCACCGUCGCCGAGCUGAUCAAGCGACGAAUCCUGAACCCUACCCAGUUCAAGGUCCUCGUCCUGGACGAGGCUGACAAUAUGCUCGAGGGACAGGGUCUGGGCGACCAGUGCAUCCGCACCAAGGGCAUGCUGCCCAGGAACAUUCAAGUGGUCCUCUUUUCUGCAACAUUCCCUCCCCUUGUCCGCACCUACGCCAUGAAGUUUGCUCCGGAAGCCAACGAGAUCACCCUGCGCCACGAGGAGCUGACCGUCGACGGGAUCAAGCAGCUGUACAUGGACUGUGCGACCGACGAGCAAAAGUACAACAGUCUGGUCCAGCUUUAUGGACUGCUGACCGUUGGCUCGUCUAUCAUCUUCGUCGGAACUCGUGUGGCAGCCGCGGAGAUUGAGAAGCGCAUGACCGCGGAGGGACAUACGGUGGCUUCCCUCACUGGUGGUAUUGAUGGCGCUCAGCGUGACGCGGUCAUUGAUGCCUUCCGCAGUGGUGAGGCCAAGGUGCUCAUCACAACCAACGUCCUCGCUCGUGGCAUUGACGUGUCCACGGUCUCCCUCGUCGUCAACUACGACGUUCCGGUGGUCAUUCCUCAAGGCAGUCGUCAGCGCCAGCCUGACUUCCAGACCUAUCUCCACCGUAUCGGUCGGACAGGUCGUUUCGGUCGAAUUGGUGUGGCCAUCACCUUCGUGUCGAACCGGGAAGAAUGGAACUGGCUUCGACAGAUCCAGGAACACUUUGGCUGCGCAAUCGAGCAGCUGGACACUUCGGACUGGGACGAGGUCGAGCGGAUGAUCAAGAAGACCAUCAAGAACACCCGGGCACAGGCGAAAUUCGCGACAGGUCAGUAG